AUGGCAUUCCUCCGGCAAACAUGGACGCUUUGCGAGAAGACGCUCACCAUAGUCUUCCUGCGACACUGGCUGGGAACACUCAUUCGGGCUUUCCUGGCGCCCAUAAUCUUUUUCUUCAUCAUCUCUUACUCGAAGAACUUCUUCGUGCCUCCAUCAAAUUUCGGCAUUGGACAACCCAGUGAGCUUCGCUCAUUCCCAGAAGCCCUCGGACUUUCAGCUGGCGGCCGCGAUAUCGUCGCUUUCGUGAACCAUGGGCUUACUGGCGGUGCUAUAUCCGAUGUCAUCGACGAGGUCGCAAGACCCGCUCGAAACCAGGGCAUGGAUGUUAGGAUCCUUGAGACUGACGACGAGCUUCUGACAACAUGCCCAAGUACGGUGCGAGGAGUCUCGCCCUGCUUUGCUGCGGUGGUGUUCGAAUCAUCGCCGAACGAAGGAUCGAGCCCUGUCUGGAACUAUACCAUCCGCACGGAUGGCACCUUCGGAAGUCGCAUAUAUGUCGACAGCAACACCAACGAUGCCGAAAUCUACGCCUUGCCUCUACAGCACGCUGUGGACAGUGCCAUUGCAUCGCGAGAUGGUAACAGCUUGCCCGAUCGUGUGCUUCAGUAUCCCUACACCAGCAAGACGGCCGAACAGCGCACCAGGAAUAUCAAUCGUCUCUACAUGGGCACCCUCAUUGAUAUCCUUGGUGUCGCCUACUUCGUCGGCAUCGUGGGCAUUUGCUACCAGCUCACAGGAGAGAUAGCCAAGGAGCGUGAGCUCGGUAUGUCUCAGCUCAUCGAAGCGAUGAUGCCAAAUCGCAAGCGCUGGCAGCCUCAAGCUGCAAGAAUCCUCGCGAUGCACGCUUCAUUCGACAUACUUUACAUUCCUUCCUGGAUCAUUGGCGCUGCAAUUGUUGGGUCGUUGAACUAUCCACUCUCCAACCUUGGGAUCGUGAUAGGAUACUUCAUCUUGUCGGGUCUCGCGCUGUCCAGUUGGUCGAUUGCCUUCGCCAGUCUUUUCCGUAAGGCUCAACUGUCCGGGAUUACAGUCGUGAUGACUUCAAUCGUGCUGGCCAUUAUCAUCCAAGUGGCUCCUGCACCGUCCACCGGAGCGGCUACCAUCGUCACUCUGCUGUUUCCGCCAAUGAAUUUUGUCCUCUUCAUCAUCUACAUGGCAUACUGGCAACAGCAAAACCUUGGAGCCGAUCUAUCGCAGGGUCCUCCCACGGCACCUUGGUCCACGCCUGGCUACCUGUUCUUCAUUUUCACCAUUCUUCAGAUUGUGAUCUAUCCUAUCGUCGGCGCUUUUAUCGAGCGAUCUCUCUACGGCACGGCUUCGAAGGCGCGGCAGUUACGGUACAACAACGAUGGAGCUGAGGAGACUGUCAAAAUCACAGGUCUCACCAAGGCUUACCGUCCUAGCUGGUUCCAGCGCACUAUUGCGUCCAAAUUCACAAAGAACCCCAAGCAGACGGUGCAUGCGGUCAACGAUCUCAGCAUUUCAGUGCUGCGGGGCCAGGUGAUGGUGCUUCUCGGCGCAAAUGGGUCGGGCAAAAGCACGACGCUGGAUAUGUUAGCAGGUCUCCAGGUUCCGUCAAGCGGAGAGAUUGAAAUGGACGCGACCGGAGGCAUCGGUCUUUGUCCGCAGAAGAACGUGCUUUGGGAUGAACUUACUGUUUACGAGCAUGUCCGCAUCAUGAACCGACUGAAGGCAACGAAUGUCGACUCGAAAGACAUAAUGAAGGAGCUCGUAAAAGAUUGCGAUCUCGCACAAAAGGUCAACGCACCAUGCCGGACUCUGUCGGGUGGGCAGAAACGGAAGUGCCAGUUGGCGAUGAUGUUGACUGGCGGGUCUAAGCUAUGCAUGCUCGAUGAGGUGUCCUCUGGUCUCGAUCCUCUGUCUAGGCGCAAGAUCUGGGACAUCCUGUUGGCAGAAAGAGGCAAGCGAAGUCUUGUGCUCACCACUCACUUCCUGGACGAAGCUGAUCUCCUUUCGGAUGACAUCGCGAUCUUGUCGAAGGGUAACCUCGUCGCCAAUGGAUCCGCAGUCAAGCUGAAGCAUCAGCGCGGCGGAGGUUACAGAGUCCGGAUCUACACUGAAGACCACAAGCCUCUCCCUGAGGCGCUUGAGCAGACGUCUAAGCAGGUUUACCACGAUCAGACCGUGUACCGGCUCGACGACUCGGCUGCAGCGGCUACUUUCAUCGCAGAGAUCGAGCGGGCAGAUAUCCACAACUACCAGGUAGCGGGCCCAACGAUCGAAGAUGUCUUUCUUCGGCUGGCAGACGAGGUCAAAGAGGAGCUGGAGAAGGACCGAGCAGCAAGUCCAGUUUCUGGCGAAGUUGAUCCCAACGAGAAGGGCCUACAACUCGUCAAAGGCAAGGAGCUGUCGUUCUUGGGCCAGACAUGGGUGCUGUUCCGCAAGCGUCUUACAAUUCUGCAGCGCAACACCUGGCCAUACGCCGCAGCACUUCUGAUCCCAAUCGCCACAGCAGGACUCGUCACGCUCUUCUUGAAAGGCUUUUCGGCCCUGUCUUGCAACCCCUCAGACCAAGUCUCUACAGCACAGAGGGUGGGUUUGGACUUCAUCUUAGCGCAAGAUGCUGAGAUACCGAACGGGCCUGAUAGCGCAGUCCCUUCGAAUGUCUUGACUCGCAUUUAUCCAUUGCUUGAGGGAGCCUUCCGCAGUGUUGGAUCUGUGGACGCUCUCAACAACUACAUCAACGCAAACUUCAGCUCAGCAACUCCUGGUGGCUUCUUCGCCGGCAACACUCCGCUGUUCGCCUGGAGAGGAAACUACGAUAUGAGCUAUGCCAUUGCCACCCACAAUCUGCUCGAUGUCAGCUUGCUGCAAACUCCCAUCACCACAGCGUACCAGCCGUUCGACUACCCGUUCAUACCCACAGCAGGCGACAGUCUCCAGUUCAUUCUGUACUUCGGACUGGCCAUGAGCGCGUAUCCCGGCUUCUUCGCGCUCUACACGACUUCGGAGCGUCUGAAGAACGUCCGCGCACUGCACUACAGCAACGGCGUGCGCGCUGGUCCGCUCUGGACAGCGUACAUCCUCUUCGACUCGAUCAUCGUCCUGCUCGUGAGCGCGCUCGCAGUCAUCAUCUUCACAGCCGUGACCUCCAUCUGGUACGGUCCUGGCUACCUCUGGCUCAUCUUCACGCUCUACGGACUCUCAGCGACGCUUAUGGCAUACGUGGUCUCUCUGUUUGCAACUAGCCAGCUGGCGGCGUUUGCGUUCGCAGCAGGAGCGCAGUGCUCGAUGUUCUUGCUGUAUUUCAUCGCGUAUAUGUGCAUCAUCACGUAUGCGCCUACCUCAGAGAUCGACCGGGACGUCAACAUCGCCAACUACACCAUCGCUUUGUUCUUCCCGUCUGGAAACCUGUUGCGGGCGCUGCUUUUGACAUUCAACCAGUUCUCGCUUCUGUGUCGGGGGAACGAGAUCGCAGGCUACCCCGGCGCUUUCGACGUUUACGGGAGUGCGAUUCUGUACCUCAUCUUACAGUCGGUUGCGCUGUUGGUCGUUCUGAUCUGGUUCGACAGCGGGUACAAACCGGCUUUCCUGCAAAGGAAGAAGCAUCGGGUUCAAGAUGCCGAGGAGACAGAGGACGUGGAUGAGGAAGUUUUCGCAGAAGCCAAGCGAGUCGACGCCAGUCAGGAUGAGCUGCGGGUGCUGCAUGCUACCAAGGCCUUUGGCUCAAACAUCGCCGUGCAGGAUGUCACUUUUGGGGUGCCGAAGGGCGAAGUGUUUUCUUUGCUUGGGCCUAAUGGUGCCGGCAAGUCCACCACCAUAGGCUUGAUCCGCGGCGACAGCAGACCGAGCGAGAACUCGAGCGACAUUCUGAUCGAGGAUACUUCCAUCCUUCGACACCGAGCCGCAGCGAGAUCCCAUCUCGGUGUCUGUCCCCAGUUCGACGCGAUGGACCAAAUGUCCUGUACUGAGCACCUGCGGUUCUACGCCCGUGUCAGAGGCGUUCCUGACAUCGAACACAACGUCGAGCAGGUCCUGCAUGCAGUAGGCUUGAUGCAAUUCCGGCACCGCAUGGCUGGUAAGCUCUCUGGUGGCAACAAGCGGAAGCUUUCGCUAGGCAUUGCGCUCAUUGGUAACCCUUCGGUUUUGUUGUUGGACGAGCCAAGCAGUGGUAUGGAUGCGGCUUCUAAGCGGGUGAUGUGGCGGACUCUGCGCUCUGUGUCGUCAGGGCGGAGUUUGGUGCUCACUACUCACUCCAUGGAAGAAGCAGACGCCCUCGCAGACCGAGCAGGCAUCAUGGCACGACGAAUGCUGGCUCUUGGCACAGCCGACCAGCUCCGCAAGAAGCACGGUGACGCUUACCAUGUCCACCUCGUCCACAAGAACGCGCCCUACACCUCCGAAGCCGAAAUGGACGAGAUCAAAUUCUUCAUCCGCAACACCUUCGAAGGCGCCACGACCGAAGACCGCGUAUUCCACGGCCAGCUUCGCUUCAGUGUGCCCAACGACCGCACCGCUGUGCGCGACGUUCCCGAAGACCAAGCCAAAGAAGCCGGGACGACUGCCGUCCAGCCACUGGAUAGCGGCGGUCAAGGCAUCAGUUCGCUCUUCGCCAUCUUGGAAGCGAACAAAGAGCGGUUGGGCUUUGAGUACUAUUCCGUCAGUCAGGCGACGUUGGAUCAGGUUUUCCUUUCGAUUGUGGGGAAGCAUAAUGUUAUGGAGGAGAACUACGCCCGGGAGCAUCAGCAGAAGGAGACUGCUUUGACGAAGUUCAAGGUCGCACUUGGUGGGCAGAGUUCGUGGAGAGCGUUGCUGUGUGGGUUUUAG